CCUCAGCCCACGUGGGCUAGGGAGCUAGCGGCAACCGGCGGGCGGGCAGACAAGUGGGGUAUCUGUGCUGCGGGGCAGUUCGCGCGGCCCGGCCAGUCUGGUGGUCCCUGCGAGAAAGACCACGAGGCAUAGGCCUCGCCACAGGCUACUUUAAGAAAAAUGGCCCUGCUAGCCCAACAGAUACCCAGAUGGCUCAACUCAAUUAAAUUGAGUAGCUUCCUUACUGCUAUGCAACUCAGAAAAUGUUUUCCCAGAGCAGGUAAAACAUUGUUGCCUGGCUUUUUUGCUCAGCCUCAGCUGUCCUCUGACGAUUGCUUUCUCCGGUCGGGGUUUAAGACUUAUCGGACUUCCUCUGUGUGGAAUAGUUCCCAGUCUACCAACUCAAGUAGUCAAGAGUUUAAGUGCGCCCAAAACACUCUGCUUCCGUCUGUGAAUGAGCCGUCACAAAAGAUACCCAGCUUUGAUUCUGAACUGUCUCUAGAAGGACUGGACGAUUUGCCUCCAUUGUCUCCAUUGCAGCCAAUUUCCGAGGAGGAGGCUGUUCAGAUUAUUGCGGACCCUACACUGCCCCCUUCUUCAUUCACACUUCGAGACUAUGUGGAUCAUUCUGAGACUCUGAAGAAGUUAGUGCUUCUAGGAGUGGAUUUAUCCAAGAUAGAAAAACAUCCAGAUGCAGCCAACCUCCUUCUGCGACUGGAUUUUGAAAAAGACAUUAAGCAAAUACUCCUGUUUCUUAAAGAUUUGGGCAUAGAGGAUAACCAACUGGGAACAUUCCUGACGAAAAACUAUGCUAUUUUCUCUGAAGACCUUGAAAAUCUUAAGACCAGGGUGGCUUAUCUACUGUCAAAAAAUUUCAGUAAAGUGGAUAUUGCACAGAUGGUCAGAAAUGCACCGUUUUUGCUGAGUUUUUCAGUGGAAAGACUGGAUAACAGAUUGGGAUUUUUUCAGAAAGAACUUGAACUUAGUGUGAAGAAGACUAGAGAUCUGGUAAUUCGUCUCCCAAGGCUACUAACUGGAAGUCUGGAGCCUGUGAAGGAAAACAUGAAGGUUUACCGGCUUGAACUAGGUUUUAAACAUAAUGAAAUUCAACAUAUGAUCACCAAAAUCCCAAAGAUGUUAACUGCAAGUAAAAGGAAAGUUACCGAGACUUUCGACUACGUGCACAAUGUGAUGCGCAUUCCGCACCACAUCAUUGUCAAGUUCCCGCAGGUAUUUAAUUCAAGGUUGUUUAAAGUCAAAGAAAGACAUUUGUUUCUUGCCCAUUUAGGAAGAGCACAGUAUGAUCCAGGAAAACCUAACUACAUCUCUUUGGACAAAUUGGUAUCUGUGCCUGAUGAAAUAUUUUGUGAAGAGAUGGCCAAGGCCUCAGUACAGGACUUUGAAAAAUUCUUAAAAACUCUUUAGUUUUUGAUAGAUGUUAAAAUGUAAUAAUGUAAAGUGAAUGUACAUAUGAAUAAAUAUAUUUUAAAAUAAAUACCUCAAACCUCAA